CUAACCAAACCAAACAAGUUAUUAUUAAUUUGAGGUAUGAUAAAUUAGUUUGGGUCUUAACAUAUAACAAACCCCACAUACAUAGUGCCAAGCCUUACGGAGAGUGUCCCUUAAAUGCUGCAGUUGGUGCAGUGCAGCCCUCAUUACUCCUUCCUCAACAAUUAGCCACACAUCAACAACAUCAUCAUCAUCAUCAUCAACACAUAACACAAACAUAUAUGCCAAUACAUUUUUCCAAAUAACAACAACAUUUCUGUAUUUUUUUCAUUUUCUUCAUACACCCUUUGGUUUGGUUUUGUUUUUUUUUUUUGUUUUUGUGGCAAAGGGAGAUGAAUUAUUGUGAGACAAAUUGUGUUGUGAAGAGGAAAGGUAAUAAUAAAGAAAGUGAUGAAACGUUGUCGUUUACACAGUCUACAAAGAAAAACAACAUGAUCUCAUCACAUGAAGAAGAAAAUGAUCGGAACAGAGGAAAACGAUACAGUCUUGUGUCGUUUUGGGAACUACCAAAUUACAUGAAGGAUAAUGAAUAUAUUUUACGUUAUUAUAGAGCUAAUUGGCCUCUUAAAGAAGCUUUUUUCAGUCUCUUUCGUUGGCAUAAUGAAACUCUAAAUGUUUGGACACAUUUAGUUGGGUUUUUUCUGUUUCUUGGUUUGACCUUGGCAAAUUUGAUGAAGCCUCAUGUGGUGGAUCUCUUACAACAAUUUACAAGGUCUUUCUCUUCAGGUGCAGAAAAAAAUGUUUCUGAUAGCAUCAAAGAUUUCCUAGGAACGGCGUUACUCUUUGAUCUAAAUAAUCAAGCACCAUUGAAAAUGGAAAUUGAAGCCUUAGAAUUUGUUAUAGCAAGGUGGCCAUUCUUUGUUUUCUUGGGAGGUUCUAUGUUCUGUCUCCUCUCUAGCAGCAUUUGUCACCUCUUUUCAUGUCACUCUCAUGACUUGAACCUGUUUCUGUUACGAAUAGACUAUGUCGGAAUCGCUGUGAUGAUCAUAACCUCAUUCUUCCCUCAAAUUUACUAUAUUUUCCUAUGUCAACCUCAUUGGCAAAUCAUCUACCUAGCUGGUAUUACAGCCAUGGGACUAUUCACCAUUGUAACAUUGCUUUCCCCGUCUCAUUCUACUGGAAAACACCGCGCGUUCCGAGCCAUGUUGUUCUGUUCGAUGGGACUUUUCGGUAUUGUGCCUGCAAUUCAUGCAUGUUUUGUAAAUUGGGGCAAUCCUCGGCGCAAUAUUACACUAGCAUAUGAAUGUGUCAUGGCAUUAUCUUACUUGAUAGGGACUUUGUUCUACGUGACACGGAUACCGGAAAGAUGGAGGCCUGGUUGGUUUGAUUUAGCAGGACAUAGUCAUCAAAUAUUUCAUGUUCUUGUGGUGGUUGGUGCAUUAGCACAUUACGCGGCUACUCUUAAAAUGCUUGAAUGGCGUGACACUUUCGGGUGUGACAGGACUUAAUUAAGGAUCUAUGUUUCGAUUCAUAUAUAUGUGUAUGUGCAGCAUAAGAUGGAUUCUCUGCAUUGUUGGAUUUGAAGCAAUUGUGAGAUAAUCAAUGCCGGAAGAGGCUUAUGUUAUUGUCAUUCAUCCAAAUGUUAAAUAAUAUUUGUCUUUCUUUUUGAAUUUGUUAUUCAAUAUAUUAUUGUACCUAGAAUUGAUUAUUCAAUAUUUAUUGUAUUGUUACUUGAAACUAAAGUUGAAAA